AUGAACGAGUCGAAUUUUGAGCAGUUCUUCAACAGUCGUCGCCAUGAGUCAUCGACACGAUCAGAAAUGAAUUUUUACGAUUUUGAAAAUACAUCAGCAAGCACGCUUGGAAGUGCAUCUGCUCAUUAUCAGUGUAACCCUUAUCGAACGACGAUACCGAAAGAUAAUGGAAUAUGCGAGUGUAUGAAUAAUUGUCAUUUGACAGAUUCUUGGAUGCCAUAUUUGAAGCAAGAAAAUAAUUUCAAUUGCAACACUCAACUCUCCAACAACAUUCCGAUAUUAAAUUCUUAUGCUCCGACAAGACAACUGAUUGAAUUACAAACAACUGCCAAUGUUAGUCCUUAUCCAAGCAUAUUUUAUAACAACGUUGAUUAUACAACGAGAUCUCUUUGCGUUAAUCCAACAAGUAGCUUUAAAGCGAGGGAUCAGAAUUAUUUCCAACAGCACGACUUCCUUCAGGAAGAUAUCUCAAGAUACGGCAAACUCAAUUAUGAUACAACAAGCUAUCAUCACUAUUAUAAUCAACCACAAAUAAAUUCUCAAAACUCUUUAACGCCAAACGGAACAAUUAAAUACGAAGAAAGAACAAAAACGAGCAUCAAAUUUCAAGAUCGAAACAAAAAGCUUGAUUUCAAAACAAGCUUUCGCGAAGAGAAUUGCAAGGUCAAUGGAUGUUUUCAUCAUGAAGAAACUUCGUCAUCAGUUGAACUCACGUCAGAUGUUUUCGCUACGCCUAAGAAGAAAUGGAUUCGUAAUUAUAUAACCGGUAAACAUUAA